AAAAAAAAAUGUAAUACAAUAAAGUGGUAUUUUGGGGGAAAUAAUAAAAUCCAUUUGAUUUCCGUUGUUUCUCCGUCAAAGAACCGUGGAGAUUUUUACCAUUAUGAAGAAGCGCAUGCCAUAAAGAGAUUGACCGAGAAACGCAAUCCAAAUCGUGGCACACUAGUUUUCUCUUUCGCCACACAAAUCCUCAAUUCUGGCUCCCAUUUGAUCCUCAUGAAUCAUCAUUAUGAUGUAAAUCAACCCAUUUCUGCACCAUAUGGCCGCCGCUGACAACACCAACACCAACCCCAAGGGUUUUUACUUUUCUCAUCUUAAUUCUUUUUCCCUCUAAUUGUUUUAGACUUAAUUAAAGUAUUUUAAUUAUUCAAAGCCAUGUGUUUUUAGUUAAACACCAAUUAUAAUUUGUCAAAAUUCAAGUGAUUGAAUCUAACUGCAUCUUGUUUCAGUGUGUCCAACACCAGACAUAUCUUAAAUCCAUCUGCAACUUUCCUAUUCAUAUGCUUGUAUCUCACAAUAUCUUCAUUGCUGGGUUUAACAAACCACAUGUUUCUGACUCUUACUCUUGUUUCAAUGUCUUCUUCAUGGAUUCAUUUCAAGGAUUAUUACAAAGUGCUGGAGAUUGAUUAUGAUGCAACGGAUGAAGAUAUUAGAUUAAAUUACCGAAGACUCGCCCUGAAAUGGCAUCCCGACAAACACAUUGAUGAUACUUCUGUUACUGCACAAUUUCAACAGAUAAAUGAAGCUUACACUGUAUUGAGCGAUCCUGUCAAGCGUCUUGACUAUGAUUUAACAGGGGCAUGUGUGAUUGACAAGUACAGCUUGCAGGAAUAUCUGGCCAGAUUUAAAGGAAUGAUUCUCACCUGCAAUGGACUUGGUAUCAACCAUGAAGACAGAUGGUCACAACAAUUGACUGAAGGUUUUGAACCUCUAGAUAAAUAAGGUAAUAUGCCGCCUUUCACUUGUAUAUUUGAUCACAUUCCCUUAAUGUUUGAAUUAGCAACGGGAUUAGAAUUGCAAGGAUGCUUUUUCCGGGCUCCGAUACUGGUGAACAAAAGAAGCUAUCAGAUAGGCAGAUUACUCAUAUGGAUUUGCUGCAGCAACAAUUCUUAGUCACAGAUGUCAAAAAUUUAAGCUUACGGACUGCUUGAUUCCCUUUUCAAAAACCUCUUUUUGUGGUUUCGAAAACUAAAAAAUGUAGUUGUUGCUUUUGAAUUCUCUUUCUCACUUUGUAAAAGCCCAAACUAGAAAACACACAGAGAAGAGCAGAUUUUUACUAAUGUCACAUUGCUAAUUUUUUUCCAUCUGCUGUAUAUAAUUUUGCGAGCAAA